AUGGCAAUUGUCAUUUACUCACGUGUUGGUACAAAAUCCAGAGCAGUUCUAGAUUUUCAAUUUUUGGGAGAGACUAGGGGUGGGGGUGCUGUGAGUCAGCACAGCCUUGUCCUUUCGGGUGACCCUCCUCGGGUUUCAUUCUUUUGCAUGUUCGAUCUGUUAGGAGGCAGCAGACGGAGGCUAGGGCUAGGGAACUCUCGAUCAUUGGGCUGGAAGGACUCUAAAGUUGCGGUGGAGCUUAAACCUUCGCUCAUGGGUGGGAUUGUCUUCUCAGCAUUGGCGUGGAUCAUGCCAAGAGUUUUUAGAUUGAUCUUGGGGAGGCAUAAUUUGCGGCGGUGGCGGUGGUUGCUGUUGGUAGGGUUCUUGCGGCUAUUCAGAAGAAGGGAUUAUAGAAGCUCGGGAAGUACCUCCAGGUCUUGCAAGAGUAAAUAG